AUGGGAAACGGUGAUAAAGGUCGACCCAGUAAGAAGAUCAAGUUUUCCAAGGAGGAUUAUAGAGCUUCAACUGCUGAAGAUGAAGCUUCUUAUUUCCCUGACGAUGACCAUGAUAUUCGCGAUGGUGAAGGGAAAAAGAGGGAUUUUACGAAACUUGAAUUGAAACCUGACCAUGCCAAUCGCCCGCUGUGGGCUUGUGCUGAUGGUCGAAUCUUCCUCGAGACUUUCUCCCAGCUAUACAAACAAGCCUAUGAUUUCCUCAUUGCCAUUGCUGAACCUGUUUGCAGGCCCGAAUCAAUGCAUGAGUACAACUUGACACCACACUCACUAUAUGCUGCUGUGUCUGUGGGACUUGAAACAGAGACAAUCAUAUCCGUUUUGAAUAAAUUGUCAAAGACGAAGCUUCCUAAAGAUAUGAUUGAUUUCAUACAUAGCUCUACUGCUAAUUACGGCAAAGUGAAGCUUGUGCUGAAGAAAAACCGAUACUUAAUAGAAUCCCCAUUUCCCGAGGUGUUAAAAAGGUUGCUCCAGGACGAAGUCAUCUCACGGGCAAGAAUAUCCUUUGAGGGGGUGCAUGGAAGCGAUGGUUUUACGGUUGGAAAAUCUGCAGGUGAAAUAGUAGGUGGACAUGAUGAAUUGCUAAAUGAAGCACAAUUGGCUGCUGCAGCUGAAGAGAAAGAAACCCAUUCAUUUGAAAUUGACCCUGCACAGGUUGAGAAUGUGAAGCAACGUUGUUUGCCCAACGCUCUGAAUUAUCCCAUGUUGGAGGAGUAUGACUUCAGAAACGAUACUGUUAAUCCUGACCUCGAGGUGGAAUUGAAGCCUCAUGCACAACCACGUCCUUAUCAAGAAAAGAGUCUUAGCAAGAUGUUUGGAAACGGUAGAGCACGUUCUGGUAUCAUCGUGCUGCCAUGUGGUGCUGGGAAGUCUUUAGUUGGCGUUUCUGCAGCCUGUAGAAUAAGAAAAAGUUGUCUUUGUUUAGCAACAAAUUCCGUGUCCGUGGAUCAAUGGGCUUUCCAGUUUAAGCUAUGGUCAACCAUUAAAGAAGAUCAAAUUUGUCGUUUCACAUCCGAUAGCAAAGAAAGAUUCCGUGGCAAUGCUGGGGUGGUGGUGGCAACAUAUAAUAUGAUUGCUUUUGGUGGCAAACGUUCCGAAGAAGCUGAAAAGAUCAUUGAAGAAAUAAGAAACAGGGAGUGGGGAUUGCUUCUCAUGGAUGAGGUGCAUGUUGUCCCUGCUCACAUGUUUCGGAAGGUCAUCAGCCUAACAAAAUCUCACUGCAAACUUGGGCUUACUGCAACACUUGUAAGAGAGGACGAGAGGAUCACAGAUUUGAACUUCCUUAUUGGUCCAAAGUUGUACGAGGCAAAUUGGUUGGAUUUAGUGAAAGGAGGGUUCAUUGCAAAUGUCCAGUGUGCAGAAGUCUGGUGUCCAAUGACGAAGGAGUUCUUUGCCGAAUAUCUUAAGAAAGAAAAUUCAAAGAAGAAACAGGCACUUUAUGUGAUGAACCCUAAUAAAUUUAGGGCUUGUGAAUUUCUUAUUCGGUUUCAUGAACAGCAGCGGGGGGAUAAGAUAAUUGUUUUUGCUGACAAUCUUUUUGCAAUCAGAGAGUACGCAUUGAAGCUUGGAAAACCUAUGAUCUAUGGUGCCACCAGCCAUCCUGAAAGAACCAAAAUCCUGGAAGCAUUCAAAACUAGUCGAGAUCUUAACACCGUAUUCCUCUCAAAGGUGGGAGAUAAUUCUAUAGAUAUUCCUGAGGCAAAUGUGAUAAUUCAGAUUUCAUCACAUGCUGGUUCAAGGCGUCAAGAAGCCCAACGACUGGGGCGUAUUCUUAGGGCCAAGGGGAAGCCACAGGAUAGGAUUGCAGGGGGCAAGGAGGAGUACAAUGCAUUUUUCUACUCCCUUGUAUCUACGGAUACCCAGGAAAUGUAUUACUCUACUAAAAGGCAGCAGUUUUUGGUUGAUCAAGGUUAUAGCUUUAAGGUAAUCACAGGCUUGCCCCCUUCAGAUGCAGGAUCUUCGUUGAGUUAUUCUCAUCCAGAGGAGCAGCGUGCACUUCUUAAGAAUGUGCUAAGUCAAGGUGAUGAUGCAGUUGGUUUGGAGCGAUUAGAAGAAGAUGCAGAUGACAUUGCCCUUCAGAAAGCCCGUCGCUUCGGGGGGUCCAUGAGUGCAAUGUCAGGAGCCAGUGGAAUGGCAUACAUGGAAUACAGUACUGGGCAGAAAAAGGUGCAUGGGCAGACAAAAAGCAAGCCCAAGGACCCAGCUAAGAGACACCAAUUGUUCAAGAAACGUUUUGUUUAA